AUGUCGACGUUCGAUCCUCAGCGUGACAUCCCGGACUUCAGUGGUAGAGUUUGCCUAGUCACAGGGGGCAACUCUGGUCUGGGUGAAGCAACCAUUGCAGCGAUCGCACAGCACAAUCCGCAGAUGAUCUACCUGGCAGCUCGAUCUCGCGCCAAGGCCGAGGCAGCACUUGACCGUAUCAAGGCAACUUCAACAACUGCAAGAUCCUGCAGGAUUGAAAUCCUCGACCUAGACCUGGCCUCUCUUGAGUCAGUCAAGGCUGCAGCAGCUCGCGUAAACAAUGAGGCCGACCGACUUGACAUCCUCCAUCUCAAUGGUGGCGUUGGCAUGAUACCUGCAGCCACCACCAAUGACGGCUAUGAGGUACACUUUGGUACCAAUUAUCUUGGCCAUGUACUUCUUACCCAGCUACUUCUACCCAAGUUGCUUGCAACAACCAAGCUCCCGGGUGCGGAUGUAAGGGUUGUUUGCAUGUCUUCUGUUGCUCACAAGGCCUUUGCUCCCAAGCAAGGGAUCCUUUUUGAUGAGUUAAAGUCGGACAUGAGUCGGCGGGGUGGACGCACACUCUAUGGCCAGGCUAUGCUUGCCAAGACUUUAUUCGCUCAUGAGCUCGCCAAGAGGUAUCCUCAGAUCACUGCAACAUCCCUUCACCCUGGAACCGUCAAAAGCAACACAUGGACUGGCGACAAAGACGUCAAUUGGGCGCUUCGGACCCUCGUUAUCAACCCGCUGGUUGCCUUGACGGGCGUUUCUAAUGAGGAAGGUGCAAAGACACAAUUGUGGUGCACCUUCAGCGGCAAUGUGAAGAAUGGAAGCUACUACGAGCCAGUGGGUAAAGACGGAAAGGAGGGGAAGCUGGCUGUGGAUGAUAAACUGUCGGCUAUUCUAUGGGAGUGGACAAACAAGGAGGUGCAAUCCCACGGCGCCCCAGGAUGGGUUUCGACUUAG